AAACAUCGGGUUUGUCUUCUUGAAUUAGAAUGGUUGUACAAGAAACUACAACCAACCCUCACUUGGUUGUGUUCAGUGGUGUCAGGUAGCCUUGUAAUCAACCGGGUAUGUUUAAAACGUUUAAGAACGGGAUACUGCUGUUUUAGAUUACACGGCGUGUCUAGAUGUACGGCUACUUUGUCACAGGAGUUGCUUUGGCUCCCGCAUCGACUCCCGUUGUAGAAACAAAGAAACAGGUUUGCAGGCGCAGUAGUGGAAGUUUGUAGCCUUAGAUUACCGCUAGUUGUAAACCAGUCGAAAUCACUCAUAGUUUCCCAAAUGAACGUGUGCAGCUACGUGAGCUUUUUGUUGCUGUGCACUUGCAGUGUGCACGGGAAGCCUACCGUAAGGAAAGAAAGAGUCCACCAUGAUACCGAAUUGACCAAACGAACUCAUGAGGACAACCAAAGCUAUCAGUAUGAUCAUGAGGCCUUCUUGGGUAAGGAGGAAGCCACUACUUUUGACCAGCUGACACAAGAGGAGAGUAAGGAAAGAUUAGGGAAAAUAGUGGACCGAAUUGACAGCGAUGGAAAUGGGUACAUUUCGCCUGAGGAGCUCAAGAGCUGGAUCAAGAGGGUCCAGAAGCGAUAUGUCUAUGAAAAUGUGGCCAAAGUGUGGACCGACUACGACCUGAACAAAGACAACAAAAUCUCCUGGGACGAGUACAAGCAGGCGACGUAUGGCUACUAUUUGGCAAACCCAGAGGAGUUUGAAGAUGAUAAAGACCAGUUCAGCUUUAAGAAGAUGCUCCCGCGAGACGAGAGGAGGUUCCAAGCCGCCGACAUGGACGGUGACUUGGUUGCAGGACGAGACGAGUUCACUUCCUUUCUGCACCCUGAGGAGUUUGAUCACAUGAAGGACAUUGUGGUCCUUGAAACACUGGAGGACAUUGAUAAAAAUGGGGAUGGAUUUGUGGAUGAAGAUGAAUACAUUGCGGACAUGUUUGCCCAUGAAGACGGAGGCCCUGAACCUGAUUGGGUCAGAACAGAACGGGACCAGUUCUCUGACUUCCGCGAUCUCAAUAAGGAUGGAAAGAUGGACCAGGAAGAGAUCCAGCACUGGAUUCUGCCUCAGGACUAUGACCACGCACAGGCUGAAGCCAGACACCUGGUAUACGAAUCAGACACAGACAAGGACCAGAUGCUCACCAAACAGGAGAUCCUGGAGAACUGGAACAUGUUUGUGGGCAGCCAGGCCACCAACUACGGUGAGGACCUGACCAGGAACCACGACGAGCUGUGAGCAUCGCGGAGGAGGGUCACAGGUCACAGGACACAGGACCCACAGCAUCACUCUGCUGCGCCUCCGUUUCGAGAGACUCUCGCCGGCAGCUCUAGUGUCACGUCCCCACACCCAGUCCCUGGGUCACAGCUCUCCGUCUACACCCCUCACCCUCAACCCACCCCACCCCACCCCACACCCCACCACCACCCCAAACUUCUGAGCUGAGUAGGGACUGCAGAGACACCACAGGGAGACCCCCCCCCCUGACUGCAGGGCUACCUCAGAGGGCAAGGGGACACCAAGGGCAGGCAUACUGUCUCCCCUGACCUGCCUGUCUGGAUCAUGGACCCUUCCAGCCGUAGAUGUGUAGACAGAUAGUGUGUGUUGCCACAGAUCCAGCUGCCCACCCGCCCACCCCUCUGAAAUCUUCAUCAUACAGAUCCAGGUGUUUACUGUUACUACAGAUAGAUCCAAAUAUUUCAAGACUCAUCCUUUAUUCCCAAUUGCUAUUUUUCACAUUUUCACAUGUAUGUUUGUCGUAGGUAUGAGAUGUUCUAAGUAUAAAGGAGAUGUACGUCACAUUUUGCCUGUUUUGUGCGGGCCAGUGUAAAAGCACAAACAAGAACUUAUACUAACUUAUUUAUUUAGUCUUUAACUUUGAGGAGAUGUGAGCUAUAGACCUGGCAGGAUUUGAGCUGUCGCUUCUAGUCAUGAAUGUGUCAGAGAUGUAUAGUAAAACUAGAGCAAGAAUACUGUAAUUUAUAUGAUAGCUGGUCUUAAAGAGCCCUAUAGCCUGAAUUGUUCAGCCGUGAAUUUUACUUUCAUAGUCAGUUAUUGCAGCUGCCUGAAAUGUUACUAACCGAAAUGUCUUAAGGACGUUACUUUUGCACGUCUUUUCGUCUGUGUAGCCCACAUGCAAUUCAUUUAGCUUUAGUUUCCAUUUCAAUGCCUUUUCUGAAGUAGUUAAUGGCCUGCAUGGACAACUGUUACACAUGUAUGUUAUAACAUAUGAGCCUUUUUAUAAGUGAAUGACUUGCUGUUUGUUAUGGACAUGGCUCUAGCCAUGGGGUGAAAUAACUUGAAUUUCAGGAAAAGCUUUAAGCUUACCUCAACGCUUUUCCAUGUUGAACAAUUCCCAUUUCAGGUGAAAUCUCCCUCUCCAGGCCCCUAUGCUGUUUAUCGACAUUAUGUUGUAUGUACUAAAAAAAACUCCUGAUUUUAUUUUUAAAGAAACACUUUUUUUUCUCUUAA